UCCCUUCUUGUGUGUAUUUUUUCCCCCAUUGUGCGGUGAGCUUGUCGGGGCCGUUUUGGCCUCCAGGAAAUGGUGCCACCACUGGGAGGAGAAACUAGCAAGAGCAACAGGCGUCAGCAGCUUCGAGCAGCACGUCAAGGAAAGGAAAAUGAGCGACUCCAGUCAGCCCAAAUUGGAACUUUUCGUCAAGGCCGGGAGUGAUGGCCAGAGUAUUGGCAACUGUCCCUUCUCUCAGCGUCUCUUCAUGGUGUUGUGGCUAAAAGGAGUCACGUUUGAUGUUACCACAGUGGACAUGAAGAGAAAGCCGGAGAUCUUGAAGGACCUGGCUCCGGGCGCCCAGCCGCCUUUCCUCUUGUACGGCAACGAAGUGAAAACUGACACCAACAAGAUCGAGGAGUUCCUGGAGGAUUCUCUCUGCCCCCCAAGGUAUCCUCGUCUGGCAGCUCGUAACCCCGAGUCCAAUACAGCGGGGAUGGAUGUCUUCUCAAAGUUCUCGGCUUACAUCAAGAACUCCAACCCUCAGACAAAUGAAAAUCUGGAGAAAGGGCUUCUGAAAGCUCUCAAGAAACUAGACGACUACCUCGGCUCUCCACUUCCUGACGAAAUCGACGAAAAUAGCGCGGAUGAAGUCACUUCCUCCUCCCGCCCCUUCCUGGACGGCCAAGAACUUACACUUGCCGAUUGCAACUUGCUUCCAAAGCUCCACAUUGUCAAGGUUGUGUGUUUAAAGUACCGUAAAUUCAGCAUCCCUCAAGCUCUGUCCCACCUGUGGCGGUACCUGAACGCAGCGUACGCCCGAGAGGAGUUUGCCUCCACCUGCCCCAUCGAUGACGAGAUCCACAUGGCUUAUUCUUCUGUGGCCAAAUUUCUCAAGUAGGGCUUCGUGCGGGGGUGGGAUCUAGUUAGAUUGAUGUACUAUGAAGGAUUAGCGUUCAACAAAACAAUGUCAGGCCCGUUAGCAAGAAAGUUCGAAAUUUUAUUGUCCAGAGAUGGGAGAUACUGUAUUUUUAUGAAGUAUAAAUUGCACCUGUGUACAAGUCGCACCAGCCAAAAAACCGCUAAUUCAAGAAGGGGGAAAGAAUAAAAAAGCUUCAUCGCACUCGAGUACAACUAAAAUUUUAUUAGAGACAAAGGAAUCUUACAUUAUGUAGAACAGCAGGCUAAAUAGGCUUCUGUUAAUGUAAAAGGCAAAACGUUCUUGAUUUAAAAUGUUUAUUCAUAGCAGGGGUGACAAUUCAUUUAUAUUUUUAGGGGGGAUUAUACACACACAAAGUGGCCAAGUCACAAGAAAACCUAAAAAGCAAAUUGAGCUUCAAUGACAAGCUUUUAUUUAGUAGGCACAGAGCAUAUUAUUUGCCGUACUACCCUCCGACGCAACAAGGACUGUUACACUUUUAAGCUAAAAGAUUUUUUACCGUUGUAGCACACAAACGAGCUCAUUUAGAGGACGCCAACAGGAAACCGUUAUCUGGAAUCUAUUGUAACAGUUUCCUUUCAAGCAUCUGUGAACGACUAGUUGACGUAAACCUUUGUUUUCUUCAGUCUGUCAUGGACGGACUAUUUUUUGUUUAUCAUACUGUAGUUCCAAUUUACCAAGGAGUGUCAGGGCAAUGUAUGUGGAAGAAAACAUUUUUGUCCAGUCAUGUGAUUCUGCUAUGAAUUUAAAUACACGCUUGUUCUAAAUUUGUUCAUUUUCCUGUUAGAGCCUAAUGCUCCUUUUCUAAGAACUGAAUUUGACAGUCACAUGUUAUUCAUACUGGAGGAAAGUUACAGGAAGUUAACAGUGUUGCAACCAUAGUGGGUCAUUUUAACUAAGUAGAAAUACAGUGGGGCAAAUAAGUAUUUAGUCAACCACUAAUUGUGCAAAGUCUCUUACUUGAAAAUAUUAGAGGCCUGUAAUUGUCAACAUGGGUAAACCUCAACUAUGAGAGACAGAAUGUGGAAAAAAAUACCAGAAAAUCCCAAUGUUUGAUUUUUAAAGAAUUUAUUUGCAAAUCAUGGUGGAAAAUAAGUAUUUGGUCAAUACCAAAAGUUCAUCUCAAUAUUUUGUUAUGUAACCUUUGUUGGCAAUAACGGAGGCCAAACGUUUUCUGUAACUCUUCACAAGCUUGUCACACAGUUCUUGGUAUUUUGGCCCAUUCCUCCAUGCAAAUCUCCUCUAGAGCAGUGAUGUUUUGGGGCUGUCGUUGGGCAACAUGGGCUUUCAACUCCCUCCACAGAUUUUCUAUGGGGUUGAGAUCUGGAGACUGGCUAGGCCACUCUAAGACCUUGAAAUGCUUCUUACGAAGCCACUCCUCUGUUGCCCUGGCUGUGUGUUUGGGAUCAUUGUCAUGCUGAAAGACCUAGCCACGUCUCAUCUUCAAUGCCCUUGCUGAUGGAAGGAGAUUUUUUGCUCAAAAUCUCUCGAUACAUGGCCCCAUUCAUUCUUUCCUUUACACAGAUCAGUUGUCCGGGUCCCUUUGCAGAAAAACAGCCCCAUAGCAUGAUGUUUCCACCCCCAUGCUUCACAGUGGGUAUGGUGCAAUUCAGUAUUCUUUCUCCUCCAAGCAGGAGAACCUGGGUUUCAACUAGGGCUGCAGCUAUCGAAUAUUUUAGUAAUCGAGUAAUCGACUGAAAAUUCUAUCGAUUAAUCGAGUAAUCGGAUAAAACAAAUAUAUUUUUAGGUGAAGAGCAAUUAUAAAUAUACAUGAGAAAACAAGACAUUUCAUCUAAUCUUGAACCAUUUUCAGUCAAUCAAUGUCUUUUUUUUCGAUGUUUAUUGUUGAAAACAGCAAACAGUUGCAUCUCAGACGUAACUAGAAUUAAAAAAAAAAGACUAAUUCACUGCUUUCACUCAAAAAAACCUUUAGAUCUUUAUAUAUAUACCUAAAAAUGCUGUUACGCUUGAUAACACACAUCACUUAAAAGUUAGGAUUUUUUUCCCACGUGUUUCAAUUGAAUUUCUCCUUGUGUCAAGCCAUUUUUAAGUUCUAGUCAAGUUUUAAGUUAGUCUAAACUGUAAGUCCUGAUAGGAUUUUGAGUUUUUGCAGUGUUCAAAAUAAAUGUAUGAUACAGGCUGUAUUGGAGCACAUUAGGGACCAGUGCUACUUGGUGUUUUAUCCAGCAAUGACUACUGAGCUAAAAUGGAUAGUUAGCAGGAUUAAGUUUUUAUUUUACACCCUCAUCACUCCACAAUGCUAUGUUAUGUUAAAGCCUGUAUGUAAGACACGUUAGCCACGCAUCGACAGUGGUCAUAAUUAAUUGAAACCUAGCCCUCCGCAGGGCUAAUGUUACGUGAGCUAGUAGCGACAGUAACGUUAAUCUUAUUUAUUAGCGCUUAGCGCUCUACUGCUUUAAGAUGGCGGCUGUUUACUAACGCUGCCCAGAGGCGGCCGAGUCUGUCAUUUCACAUCUAGUUCAACAUACAUGUGGUCUCUAUGAGACUUAUCAGGCGCUACCUGUACCAACGCAGCAUCGUGCGGGCUAGUAUUUAGCAACGUCGGCGUCGUUUACGGCGGCUGUCGGCUGCAGUAAAUUUUUUUUUUUUUCCCUUCUUCCUCUCCGCAUGUGACAGCGCGUUGUCCCGCAUUAAAAGUAGUCCGAGCAAAACGUGAUGCUUAGAGCUGUCAAAAUAAACGAUAACUCGAGGUGAAUAAAAUUACUCGGAUCAGUUUUUAAACUCGAGUUACUCGGGUUGCUCGAGUACUCGUUUCAACUCUAGUUUCAACAAAAAAGUUCUAUUUUAGUUUCAUCUGACCAUAACACAUUCUCCCAGUCCUCUUCUGGAUCAUCCAAAUGCUCUCUAGCGAACUGCAGACGGGCCAGGACGUGUACUUUCUUCAGCAGGGGGACACGUCUGGCAGCGCAGGAUUUUAGUCCCCGGCGACGCAAUGUGUUACUGAUUAGCCUUUGUUACUGUGGUCCCAGCUCUCUGUAGGUCAUUCACUAGGUCCCCCCGUGUGGUUCUGGGAUUUUUGCUCACCGUUCUUGUUAUCAUUUUGACGCCACUGGGUGAGGAGGGUGUUGAAAGUCCAUAUUGCCCAACGACAGCCCCAAAACAUCACUGCUCUAGAGGAGAUCUGCA